AGAACCUUAGAGAACUUUGAUUUUGAUGUUCGAUGUUUUAUGAUAACUGUUGGAUACUUUUUUCUCAAGCGGCAUCAUUUUAUACAGAUAUCUAUGUCUAAUUAAUGAUUUGAUAUUAUUCAAUAUAUCAUAUCACUUCGAAGCAUAAUACAAUGGAAGAUUUCAUUGCGACGCGUGUGUCAAAGAUGAAAAAAGGUGCUCCAAAAGAAUUUAUAUCAGUUAAUUACGUAGGUCCAAAAAAGAAGAUGAAGAAAAAUGUUUGCCUUCAAGAAGACAUGGGAAAAGGAACUAAGGAAGAUACAUACAUAGAUCGAAAGAAAAAACAAGAACUAGAAAUGAAACGUGUUAGAUAUGAAGUUAUGAAAUUUGGUAUGUCUGGUUUAGAAAAAUCAGAAGCAAACAAAGCAAAAAUUGAGCUUAUCAUAAAUUUAGGAGCAAAACCUCCUAAAAACCGGAACAUAAAUUAUAAAGAAUUAAAGAAUACAAAAAUGAGGGAAAAGGAAAUGAACAAGAAAAAAGAACAUGCUUCAGGACUUAAAGGAAGUAUGGUAAAACAUAAAACUACAAAGACUCGUAAGAAAAAAUCUGAUGGUAUAUUAGAGGUUUAUGGAAAAGUGAAUAAGAAAACACUGAGUAAAAAAAAAAGUUGAAAUUUUAACCAUAAGUGUUUAAAAUAUUUUUAGUUGCUUCAUUGCAAUCUGUACAACAUUAAUUAAUUAUGUCUAACAAUAACAUGUUCCAUAUAUUGUAUGUUAUAUAUGAAGAAUAACGAGUAAUAAAAUAAUAUUUUUA